AUGGCACGGCAUCACUCAGUGCGGCACUUCAAAAAUGGGAUACCAUUUGUUUCGCAGUGGACUGGGACCGAACAUAAGGAAAUGGAGAAGGUUUUCGUACCAAUGCUAAGUGGCGCUAUUCAACCUCGAGCGCUACAGGCGGCACGUGCGGUUGUUGACUUCAUUUACUUCGCAUCAUUCCAUCAGCAUACUUCGGAAAGCCUGGGACGCAUGGAACAAGCACUGGCGGACUUUCAUGAGUACAAGGACAUCUUUAUAACCCUAGGACGGCGAGACCACUUCAACAUACCAAAGCUACACUCGAUGCUACACUACCAGGCGGCCAUUCGACUUCUUGGUUCUUGCGAUGGCUACAAUACGGAAUCGCCGGAGCGGCUACACAUCGACUACGCGAAGGAUGCUUAUCGCGCAAGCAACAAGCGUGACUACACGGAGCAGAUGGCGCACUGGCUUUCGCGGCAAGAGGCAGUCACGGAGUUCGACAAGUAUAUCAGGUGGGCGAUAGCCGGCCCUCUCGUGGCUCAGGAUUCAAGUGAUGAGGACAUGAACUCGGAUGAUGAGUCGGACAGUGAUGAACGACUCGCGCGCGCUCCAGCUGCACCACGACUGGCGGUUGCGACGUACCUUGAUCACCAGCUAUCCCUUCCUCGACACCCCAGCGUCCCAUCGGUAACUGUCAACUGUAUUCAGCGAGACUACAAGGCCGAGUUCUUCCUGGAUGCGCUGAGUGUCUACCUGAACAAGAUGCGUCCUGCCGACGCUCGACACCUGUUAUCUCCUGACGGUGUUGAUCGCUUUGACGUGUACAAACAAGUUACAAUUGUGCGGCCCAGGGUCCUGGUGAUUACGAAUGCACUUAAGCUUCGGGACAAGGUGCGCGCUGUUCCUGCAAAGCGCGCAAAACGAGGGACAGCCCUCAUCCCCGGACAUUUCGACAUGGCUCUAGUUCGGGUGGAGGGUGUGUCAUCAUUGAACCCUCAUACAGCUGGAACCUUCCUGGAAGGUCUCCAAGUGGCUCAGGUGCGGCUCUUGUUCCAGCUGCCGGAAUACCUCAGGUAUCAUCCUCGGCAGCCAGUGGACUUAGCAUAUGUUGAAUGGAUGACACUGUUCAGCGCGCAAGAUCCACUAACAUACACACAUUCCGUAUCCCGCUCAACACGCCGUGGUGGGCAGCGUAAUGCGGAGAUCAUUCCGAUUAGCCGGAUCGUACAUAGUUGUCACUUGAUCCCUAAGUUCGGGACGGAGUGCAAUCGUGCAUGGACUGCUGACAUUGCUGUGGAGAACUGUAAGUCAUUUAUCUUGAACCGGUGGCUGGAUGUUGCAACCUUUUAUGAAUUCCAGCCACGCGAUUUCUAUGCACUACGUCUGUAG